AUGUUUCGAAAUGUUGGGCGUUUAUUUCGAUACUCUCUUGACAGAAGAUGUUCAAAUUUAGUAGAUGUGGAUUCAAAUAAAGUGUACGAUGAGUUGCUGAAGAAAUCAUACUUACUACCUGAAAAUGGGCAUAAUGUUGUGAUUAUUCAACCACAUUUAAAAGGUGUAUUUUACACUAGGAUCAACAACAGCCUAUCAUACUCACCUAAAAAUGAUCCCAAUGUAGACGAAGCUAUCGCUCUUGUGGAUUCAUUAGGAUUUUGGACUACCGUUGGUGUGAUAUUUUGCAAUGUAAAAGCCGCCAAAACUAAUAAAGGACCGUUUUUUAGUAAAGGUAUAUGGCAAAAUGUAUCAGAGUCUAUUGGUGAUACACUUCCUAACGAAAAAAAUAACUCAUCCUCUGAUCAUACAGUUAAAAAGCGAGCAACAGCAGUCCUCGUAAAUUGGCCUCGUUUAACAACACUACAACUGGCACUUAUGCAACAGGCCUGGCUAAUGCCUGUUUAUGAUCGUUACACCCUCGUUGUUCAGCUUUUUAAUCUUCGAUCUCGUACUCCAGAAGCAAAACUUCAAGCAAAGUUAGCUGAAAUUGGAUUACUUCGAGCUCGUAUUCCAGCAUUUUUUGAAACACCUAAUAUGAUUAAAUGCUUGGUUGAUAGGUCAGAUUUCGCUACAAAGGAACGUUUAUUACAAAUACUUAAUCAAACAGAAGUUAGUCUUUUAAAUCAAUUGGAAAAAAUUUCCAAACAACGUAUUCAUCAUAGGCGUAAUCAUAGACGAGAUAUGGAGAAACAUCAUUUACCACUGGUUGCUGUUGUGGGAUAUACCAAUGCUGGUAAAACAAGUCUUAUACGCUAUUUAAGCAAAUCAGACAAACUUGCCUCAUCCCCAGAAGUGUUCGCCACUUUGGAUAUCACACAUCAUCGAAGUCGGUUGCCUAUACUUCCAAAUAAAGUAGAAGAGAACAAUAUGACUUCUGAUCAGUUGUUUUCUGAGAAUGGCAGCGAUGGUGGUUGCUCUAAUAGUAUAGGGUUGCCUGGGAUACAAAUGUUACUGUUGGAUACAAUAGGAUUUAUGUCUGAUCUUCCAACUAAUUUAUUGGCUGCGUUUCGAGCUACUUUAGAUGAAUGUUUAGAUGCAGAUCUAAUUUUGCACAUAGUUGAUGUAAGUCAACCUGAAUGGCAAUUACAGGUGAAUCAUGUAGAGGAGCUGUUGUGCAAUAUUGGUGUUAUAAAAAAGCCGACAAAUUCUGGACACACAAACGAUUCCAAUGCAUUUGAACCACCUCAAGUGUUAAAAAUCGGUAACAAACUAGAUCGAAUUGAAUCAAAUGAUGUCUACACUGGAUUUGAUGCAUUAAUAUCUGCUAAAACUGGGACAGGUAUGAAAGAGUUGACUUCAAAAGUUCAACUAGCUUUAAUGAAACGUCUUGGAUGGUUUUCACGCACCUUGGAUGUUCGCCAAGGUGGUCCUAGUUUUCAAUGGAUUUAUUCUAAUGCAAUGGUCACAAGCGUGGAUACUUCUCCUUCGAGUUCAGAAAGGCUUAGAAUAACUGCAAUAUUCACUCCUGUCGGUUGGAUUAAAUUUUGCAGAACAUUUAAAAUGGCAUCCUCUGAAAAUGUUUCGUAA